AUGGUUCCAUCUCCUGACUUCCGUGCCCAACUCACCGAGAGAACUCGAAGAUUGAGCCAGGAUUGGAAGCAGAAGAGUACAGCCCAGAAAGGAAGACGUUUGGGAUCAGAUAGUCCUGGAAGUACAACCCUUGGUAAUCCGGACGUUCGCAUCCUACUCUCCAAUAUUUGUCCAACAGUGACUACCAACUGUCUUCAAGAAAUCUUCUCGGAAUUCAACUUGAAAACAGUAUUAGUUAAUUCUGAUGAUCAUAGAAAAGAUGUUGGAAACGGAACUAUUGUACUCCCAAAGAAUGAAGCUAUAAGUCUGAUCCAACAGUUUACUGGAAAACUGAUAGGAUCGACAGAGAUGAAGUUCAGAUUGAUCGCUAUUUCAAAUAUUGAAAAGCGAGUGAGAUUUUCUGAGGGACCAGAGGAGAAUGAGUCAGUGAGAACCUCAACAAAGCCGAAAGCGAACGAGAAGGCGAAGGAAUUUCUAAAGAAGAUUGACAAAUACCCAACUCUUGAAAUGGCUCCAAUCGUUGACGCCUGUAACCAACGCAUUGAAAAGAUUAAAAGAAUCAAUCACCAGGACUGGGAGCAGAAGAAGAGUUCUCAGAAAGAUAAAUCUGUUGGAUCGGAUAGAUCAAAGCCUGGGAACAUGAUGAGUGCAUCAGAUAUCGACAAUCCUGUUGUUAUCGGUUCAUCUGAUAUUCAGUUCAAGUUGAUUGCUGCUUCCAAUAUUGAGAAGCGUGUGCGGUUCGCUGACAAACAAGAUGAGAAUGGACCAGCGAAGAGAAAUCCAUUGAGACAACACCAGAAGGUGCGAGGAUUCUUGAAGAUGAACUCCAACAGUUUGAACCCAAACAUCCUUGCCUCUACAUUCACCAAUUUGUCUAUCUAA